GGGGCGGGACAGACCGAAGCCCCGGGGUCCAAGUUCCCGCCCCUGCCUGCGGGCUGCCGGGGCAGCGUUUCCCCGCAGAGUCCCAGGCUGUGGCGCGGGCAGAUCCAACCUCCGCUCCAGUGCCCGCACCGUGCCCUGCAUCUCAGGAGUCCGGCUCCAGCUGCGGCGACGCGGCAGGGGCCUCCCCUAAUUGGGGACGUGGUCACCAUGUUCUCCUGCACAAAGGCCUAUGAAGACCAGAAUUACUCAGCUCUGAAGCGGGCCUGUCUGCGCAGGAAGGUGCUGUUCGAGGACCCCCACUUCCCUGCCACCGACGACUCACUCUACUAUAAGGGUACCCCAGGGCCCACAGUCAGGUGGAAGCGGCCUAAGGAUAUCUGCGACGAUCCCCGGCUCUUCGUCGAUGGCAUCAGCUCGCAUGACCUGCACCAGGGCCAGGUGGGCAACUGCUGGUUUGUGGCCGCCUGCUCAUCGCUCGCCUCCCGGGAGUCACUCUGGCAAAAGGUAAUCCCAGACUGGAAGGAGCAGGAAUGGAACCCCGAGAAGCCCGACAGCUAUGCUGGCAUCUUCCAUUUCAACUUCUGGCGCUUUGGGGAGUGGGUGGACGUGGUCGUCGAUGACCGGCUGCCCACAGUCAACAACCAACUCAUUUACUGCCACUCCAACUCGAAAAAUGAGUUCUGGUGUGCCCUGGUGGAGAAGGCCUAUGCCAAGCUGGCAGGCUGUUACCAGGCCCUGGAUGGAGGCAACACAGCCGAUGCACUGGUGGAUUUCACAGGCGGUGUUUCGGAACCCAUCGACCUGACCGAGGGGGACUUGGCCACAGAUGAGGCUAAGAGAAGCCAGCUCUUUGAACGUGUGUUGAAGGUGCACAGCAGAGGCGGGCUCAUCAGUGCCUCCAUCAAGGCUAUGACAGCAGCUGACAUGGAGACCCGCCUGGCCUGUGGUCUGGUGAAGGGCCAUGCUUAUGCUGUCACCGAUGUGCGCAAGGUGCGCCUGGGCCAUGGCCUGUUGGCCUUCUUCAAGUCAGAGAAGCUGGACAUGAUCCGUCUGAGGAACCCCUGGGGCGAGCGGGAGUGGACCGGGCCCUGGAGUGACACGUCAGAGGAAUGGCAGAAAGUGAGCAAGAGUGAGAGGGAGAAAAUGGGCGUGACCGUACAGGACGAUGGUGAAUUCUGGAUGACCUUUGAGGACAUGUGCCGAUACUUCACCGACAUCAUUAAGUGCCGCCUGAUUAACACGUCCUACCUGAGCAUCCACAAGACGUGGGAGGAGGCCCGGCUGCGUGGUGCCUGGACGAGGCACGAGGACCCCCAGCAGAACCGCAGCGGAGGCUGCAUCAACCACAAGGACACUUUCUUCCAGAACCCACAGUACAUAUUUGAAGUCAAGAAGCCAGAAGAUGAAGUGCUGAUCUGCAUCCAGCAGCGGCCCAAACGCUCGACUCGCCGAGAGGGCAAAGGGGAGAAUCUGGCCAUCGGCUUCGACAUCUAUAAGGUGGAAGAGAACCGCCAGUACCGGAUGCACAGCCUGCAGCAUAAGGCCGCCAGCUCCAUCUACAUCAAUUCACGGAGUGUUUUCCUGCGGACAGAGCUGCCUGAGGGCCGCUACGUCAUCAUCCCUACCACCUUUGAGCCAGGCCACACUGGCGAGUUCCUGCUCCGCGUCUUCACAGACGUUCCCUCCAACUGCCGGGAGCUACGCCUGGAUGAGCCCCCUCGUACCUGCUGGAGCUCCCUGUGUGGCUACCCUCAGCAGGUGACCCAGGUCCAUGUCCUGGGAGCUGCUGGCCUCAAGGACUCUUCCACAGGAGCAAACUCAUAUGUGAUCAUCAAGUGUGAGGGUGAAAAGGUUCGCUCAGCUGUGCAGAGAGGGACCUCGACGCCAGAGUACAAUGUGAAAGGCAUCUUCUAUCGCAAGAAACUGUCUCAGCCCAUCACUGUGCAGGUCUGGAAUCACCGAGUCCUGAAGGAUGAAUUCCUGGGCCAGGUGCACCUGAAGACUGCCCCGGAUGACCUGCAGGACCUGCACAGCCUCCAUCUCCAGGACCGCAGUGGCCGGCAGCCCAGCGACUUGCCAGGCAUCGUCGCUGUGCGUGUCCUCUGCAGUGCCUCUCUCAUGGCUGUCUGAUGCCAGCCAGCCUGCCCGGCCCCACUAGUCCUCAGCACUACUCGCAUGUCCCCACCUGGCCUGGGACCAGCCUGGGAACCAGACACUGGGCCCUUUGCCCGCUCUUCCACUGACCCACUGUGUGACCGAGGAGAGCCCUGCCCCUCUCUGAGCCUCAGUGUUUGGAGGGCCCCGAAGAAUUCCCCUCUCGUGGGGGAGUUUUCUUGCCUAAGAUUUAAAGCGGCUCCUUCUACCCAAUGGGCACUGCCGUCAAGGGGCUAUCUGUUGAAAAUGUUUCCCCUGGCCCUGCUAUCUGCAGACGAGUGCCAAGACGUCAAUUGUUUACACACAAGCUGCCAUGUCCCAGGUCCCUUCCCUCUCCUCGUUUGCUGUGGGGGAGGUUGCUUCCCUCCCCAGAUCUUUGCUGCGUAGCUUAGAGUGACCUUAAACUUCUGAUCCCCCUGCCUCCACCU